CACACUCAGACACACAGUGAACAUCUUGAGUAGUUUAGAGCCAGUCCACAGAAACAUUAGAGGAGAGAAAGCAGAAGAGGCGUGUUUGCGUGUGCAUCUGUGCAGUAAGAGUAAAAGCACAGUGACUCCUCUUUUUUUUUUUUUUGUGUUGAGUGUUGGAGGCUCAGUGUGUGUGUGUGUGUGUGAAGUGGGAUACGUGUGUGGCUGUUGUUGAAGGAGACUCGGCUGGGUGCGAUGGCUCUUUUGCGCUAAAACUUGUGCGAACAGGAGAGUUAGAGGCAGUUGUUUUGUGGGACUCGCAGGGAAUGGCAAACUCCACGGUCUCCUUGGAAACAUCUGACUAAAUGACAAUGGCUGAGUCUAUCUGCUGCACUUUGGUGAACUGUAACUGUGACGGCUUCAAGCCUGGAAAGCUGAAGAGGAGACAGUGUGAAAACUGCAAGCAUGGUUGGGUAGCACACGCCUUGAGCAAGCUGAAGGUGCACCACAUGUACCAGAGCAGCCAGGUGGAAAUUGUGCACUCCAAUGUGGUAUUUGAUAUCUGCAGCCUGAUGCUGUAUGGAACGCAAGCCAUCCCAAUCCGCCUCAAGAUCCUCCUGGACCGCCUUUUCUCUGUCCUCAAGCAAGAGGAGGUCAUCCAGAUCCUCAACGCUCUUGACUGGACUCUGCAGGACUACAUACGAGGAUAUGUGCUCCAGGAUGUAGCAGGGAAGGUUCUGGACCGGUGGGCCAUUAUGACAUUUGAGGAGGAGAUUGCCACACUGCAGCAGUUCUUGCGUUUUGGUGAGACCAAGUCCAUAGUGGAGUUGAUGGCUUUACAAGACAAAGAAGGCCAAGCGGUGCUGGUUCCCAGCACCCGCACCAACUCAGAUAUUCGCACUUUCAUCGAGCGCAACACGCCUCGCACCGCUGCCACCAUUUCCACAUCCAAGGUUGAUAAGCUGAGUGGCAACAGCAUGCACCACUUUGAGAACUUCAUCAAUAGCAUGGCAUUCAUGCUGCCAUUUCAGCUAUUAGGCUCUGCCCCUGCGCCAUUUCUGGGCUCACCGACGGGAAGCCUGCAGCAGCACCAGCAACACCAACAGCAUCAGCACCAGCAGCAAUGCCGUGGGUCUGUGGAGCUGCAGAGGCGAGAUGAUCAAGGGCAAGACAGUCUAGGGAGUGACAAUCCCUCUCCCUUUUCACACCCUUCAGAAAGCAACCUGCUUGGUUCCAGCUCUGUCUCAUUCCCUGCUGAGUUAGACCGCAGUGGAGACAAGGCAAUGGACAUCCUUUCCGCCAACACAAAGAUCGAGGCUGAGGAUUUCUCCACCAGUGACAACUACUCAGAUGGACCUUCCACACCAUGUACGCCCUCCAUGAGCUCUGAUGUAACACAGAUGUCGCCCGAGGGCAAGCUGCGCUCUCUGGACCGUAACGGGAGUGCUAGUGGAGGGAUCCCAGGAGGUGGUGCCGGAGGAGGUUCUUUAAAGAAGGGUCGUGUAUUUUGCAAUGCUUGUGAGAAGACAUUUUAUGACAAAGGCACGCUGAAAAUUCACUACAAUGCUGUGCACUUAAAGAUCAAGCACAAGUGUACAAUCGAGGGCUGCAACAUGGUGUUUAGUUCGCUGCGCAGUCGCAAUCGCCAUAGUGCUAAUCCAAACCCACGGCUACAUAUGCCCAUGAACCGAAACAACCGGGACAAAGACAUGCGUGGCAGCUUGUCUGCUGAUGAAAGCUCUCAAGGCGAGAAGAGGUCUGAAUAUGGCACUCCCAUCUCUGUUUGCUCUGCAGAAAGCCAUAAGUCCAUACCCAGUUACAUGGUGAGCCAUGUGGACACAGGCUCAAAGCUGCCCAGCAGCUCAUUCCCCAGCAUGAGCCAGAGUGGCAUCCUCUUUCCCAACUUAAAAACUGUACAACCAGUCCUGCCUUUUUACAGAAGCCUGGUGACCCCAGCAGAACUUGCCAACACCCCAGGAACACUGCCCUCACUUCCUCUGUUGUCCUCUUCAGUACCUGUCAAACCCAUCACAGCCCCUGAACCUUGCAUGACAGACCCUAUACCAAAGAAAAAGUCUCGUAAGUCAAGUAUGCCAAUUAAGAUAGAGAAGGAGAUGGUAGAGCAAGAUGAUCAAAUGGAUAAGGAGAGCAGCUCUGAGGACGAGGCUACUUUACAGGGUAGGACCAAAGAUGAGUGUGACGGUAGCCAGGCAGACGGGGAUAUGUACACUAGACAAGCUGGGGAUGAGAUGGACACAAGGGAAGCUUACAAUGGCAAAGACGAAGGAAGGUAUAGUACCAAGAUUGUGUUGGACCAAACUUUAGAUGGAGAAAUGACAGAAAAAGAAGAAAAAGAGGAAAGGACAAGACAGACUGAAUCAGGCAUCAUCACCUUUGAAAAUAGACUGAGGGAGAACCACUGUGACAAUAACUUACUCUGUCAGGAAUCCAGUGGCAAUGAACAAACGGAGAACAGGGAGCAUGCAAACUCACUGCUUGCAGCUGACAAGACCUCAGAGCUAAAAUGGGAGGAAAGUGAAGGCAGGUUGACUAAUGGAGGUGCUCUCGAGCUCAUAGAGAGGGAGGGAUCAGAUGGAUGUGCAGAUGACUAUGAGGACUCAGGGUUGUCACAUCUUGAUCCAAGCACUGACCUGACGCACCACUGUGAAAUCUGCAGUAAGACCUUUAAAAACCCUUACAGUGUCAAGAUGCACUAUCAAAAUGUCCACUUGAAAGAGAUGCACAUGUGCACAGUUGAUGGCUGCAACGCUGCCUUUCCUUCGCGCAGGAGCCGAGACAGACACAGUGCAAAUUUGAACCUGCACCACAAACUGCUGACCAAAGACUCAUUCAACCCAUCCAGCACCCUCUACUCACCCACAUCCCAUUGUAGAAACAGAGACUUUGUUGGCCAAGACUACUGCCAAGAUCAGCGAAACAGAGAUCUGCCCUAUCGAGAUCAAAACAGCCAGACUUCAGUCAUAUUCCGAGGACAUAAUCGCAUGGGCCUGGUCUUUCCUAUGAGCAAAAUGUCUACUGCAUCAGAGAAUGCUGGGGCAUCUCCUUUAAGAGAGAUGGAGAGAUUAGGAGAUAGAGAGGGUGGUGAAAGUGGGGAAGAUGCAGCAGUUCUGGACCUGAGCACUUCCUCCUCUGCCUUGCCUCGUGGUACCGGCAGUGGUCGGUCUUCCUGGGACUCAGAUGGAGGCUGUAGUGAGGAAGCAGAGGGGGUUGAAGAGGAUGAGGAGGCACUUCCCAUGGAGGACAGUGAUGAAAGCUGUGAAGGCAAUGGCGUGGAUAGGCCUCGAGGCGAUGAGUUGGUAUCUGAGGGAGAGCGGACACUGGGUGUGGGGGGGCAGAUUGGGCUUCAGGGAGGUGGGGGUGGAUCUCCAAUAACGUGCCACAUCUGCCAAAAGGUGUACAGCAACAAGGGCACGUUCAGAGCACAUUACAAAACUGUCCAUCUACGACUGCUUCACAAGUGUAAAGUCCCUGGCUGUGAUACUUCCUUCUCAUCUGUACGAAGCAGAAACAGGCACAGUCAGAACCCAAACCUCCAUAGGAACCUAGCUGUUAGCUCAAGUGCCACAAUGGACCAGGAGUAGGGAUCUGAUCUCAAAUGCCAAGUCGAAUUAUUUCCUUCAAUUUAAUUAUUUCUUCUGUUGGUUUUCUUUUUGGGGUACCUAGAAAGGGGUCACCAAUUAGCACUUUCUAAAUUCCAUACCAUCGUAGGUCACAGUCAUAAUUUGGGGAAUAAAAGAUAAAAAACAUUAAAAAGAAAAAGAAAAAAAAAAACUAAGUACAGCCAGCAGUUUAUUUGUUGUGUCAAAGGAAACUUGCUUUUGGAACAAAUGGUAUUUUCUACAAAGAAAAUUUUAAACAGCAGUACAUGCAUCUGUAAGUGUUUACACAAAACACAAAUCAUAGAGAUAAUAACCAAAAUAUGCGCCUAUGGGUGAAUUAAUUUUAGUAUUAAAUGAAAUAUUGUAAUGUGGUGCAGAAUUUUGUAUUGGUUUGCCCUUCAGCCCAGUUAAAAUGGACUGAACUGUUACAUGUGCUGUCUUAGUGACUUACAGUAAAUCACACUGUUUCAUGCAAGUGAUCUUUUCUAGUGUUUUGUUGUCAGAUGUCCACAUCUUUUCCAUGAAGUUGUGCAUAAUAUAUUGAUCAAAAUCAUUAGUGAAGUAACAAUACAUGUCAUUUCAUUUCUUUGAACAAUGGUCUUCAACAUUCUGUUCAAAAGCUAUAGUGUUGUGAGCUUGACCAAUAAGUUAUUGUAUGGUGUUUAAUGAUCUGUCUUUGCUGUUCUAUUUGUUGCAAACUGCUAAUCCUGACCAAAGAUUUUUCUCGCUUGACAGGUGCAUAUGGAAACCUCUUAAUAUUGUGUAAGGGGUAUGGAGUUUUAAGGGGUUUCCCCAGGUGUUGAUCACCCACUUUGUGGUUACAGCAGUAUCCAGGCUUGAAAUGAACGAAAAAUCCAUCAAUAAUAAUGAAAUUAUGUUGGCUGAAGUGAUGGAACAAUAUCUCCAUGGUAAUUUUUAGAGAUCAUGGAGCAAGGCAUGAUUAAAGAAUUGCUGUUUUUGGAGGCUAGAAGAAUGAACUGUGAAAGAGUCAAACACUGAGAAAUAAUCAUGAAAAAAUGCAGUUUAUAAUAAUGGCCCCACAUGUGAGCACACCCUGAAAAAGAACUGGUAGACAAAAUCUUUAUUUAACUGUAUAUUCUGUGAAUAGAGUAAUUUGUUAUCUGAAAGAAACAAAAAAAAUAUAUGGUAUAAACUAGGAUCAUUUCAUCUCUACAUGUCUUUUCUCAUGAAUGAACAAGAAAACUGUGUUGUACAUUAGUGUUUUUUUUUUUUCCACCAUGAUUUAUUGUUCUGGUUUUGCUCUGUAUUCUUUUUUUUACUGUCUAUUUAAUUGCAGGGGGUCAGAUUUAAGAUCCCAUUUGUUUGAUGUUUGUAUUUGUUUCAAAAAAGGAGCAAAACUGACACUUGUUGUUCGGUGGUUCUUUUGAAUUAAUGUUACAAUAUUCAUUGCAAUUAAAUAAAAAGCCAUAUGUUUGCAA